AUGAGUCCAAUGCUACGAGUCGCGCUAUUUAACAAACUCCAAGGAGUCACGUUCCACGAACAAAACUUGUGGUCUACGUCCACUGAACCCGCACAACUGCAUUACUUGCACUCUAAACCCACACCAAUCCCCUGCACCCGAAAACUCGCUCUCUCUCUCCCCGCCCCUCCUUCUCCCCACCGCGCCGUCCAUGGCUGCUGGAAUUUCCACCGUCGCCAGCCCCCUGCCGUUCCACUUCCUCCACAGCCAGUACCCAUUUGGCCCAAAGCUCAAUUCCAUUGCCGCUCCCACCUAUCUAAUAUCUCUGCCGAUUCGCCGAAGAGAUCUGACACGUCCGACCCGCCGCGGGAUCAUUGGAACUGUUUGGGGAGAAAAUUUGAGUACCAAGAGGAAGGUGGUGGUGAAACUGAGAGGCAGAUCUCUGCGGCAGCGAGACUAGCGGCAGAGAAGCUGGUGAGGAAGAAGUCGGAGAGGAUCACGUACCUCGUCGCGGCCGUCAUGUCGAGCUUGGGUGUCACGUCCAUGGCGGUCAUGGCUGUUUAUUACCGCUUCUAUUGGCAAAUGGAGGGCGGAGAGAUCCCCUGUUCGGAGAUGUUUGGCACUUUUGCUCUCUCUGUGGGCGCUGCUGUGGGAAUGGAAUUCUGGGCGAGGUGGGCUCAUAGAGCUCUCUGGCACGCUUCACUAUGGCACAUGCACGAGUCUCACCACAGACCCAGAGAGGGCCCUUUCGAGCUAAACGGACGUCUUCGCCAUCAUAAAACGCGGUCCAGCCAUAGCCCUCCUCUCCUACGGCUUCUUCCACAAAGGCCUCGUCCCUGGCCUCAACAUAACAGAUUGGUCAGCGAUUCUGCACUAACAGAGUCGGAAUUCGCUGGCCUUGGAAUUACGGUGUUUGGGAUGGCCUACAUGUUCGUCCACGAUGGUCUUGUUCAUAAAAGAUUUCCCGUGGGGCCCAUUGCCAACGUGCCCUACUUCAGAAGAGUUGCUGCGGCUCACCAGCUCCACCACUCGGAUAAGUUCCAAGGAGUCCCGUACGGAUUGUUUUUGGGGCCAAAGUAUACAAAUUUUGGUGUAAUACUGGGUGCGAUGGUGCAGGAAGUGGAGGAGGUGGGAGGGCUUGAGGAGUUGGAGAAGGAAGUGAACCGGAGAAUAAAACUAUCCAACCGUUCACGAUGA